GCCAAUCUUUGUUAAAAGAACGACGGCAACUUAUUCUGUUGCCCUACACUCAUAGUGUAAUAUUUUAUGCUGGUGUGGUGUUCAACUCGUGACCUGUUAUGAUCAUUCUUCAACAUUAGAUAGAGUUUAGAUUACAGGUCUAUGUGUUCAACUCAGACUGUGUGUGGUCUGAGGGUAGUUAAUUGAUUGAGUCCAUGAUUGUGCCAAGGCCUUUUUUUCUUCUGACGGAUGCCUAUGACUUUACAAACGUAUAACCAGGGGGGCGUUUCUGAGUUCAAAAAGAACACGAAAUGGUAGCCCAAAGCCUCGAAUUAUUAUUGACAACGUCCACUGAGAAAGGCAGCGGAGGGCAGCAGUCGUGUCCCCAAAGACCCCUCUGUCAAAAUGUCUUUCAUGGUACAGAAAAAAGGCGGACGGUGAGUGACUUAAAAAGAGACAAAACAAGCGAGGGAAGAAUGGCCGGACUAGCGGAACAAUGGGGUUAUCGCUGGGUGGGUGGCCGGAAUAUAUUUACAUGGUGAUACCCUAGAAGCUUACUUUGCUGGGUUGCUAAUGAAAUCAAGGCAGCGGCGCUGGAGGGAGGUGUUGGGAGAGUCUGCGUGAUGGAAUUCCCUCGCGCAUAAAAUGCAGGAUCACGUCGCGAAGAAGGUUCAGAGGCUUUGAAGUAGGCCACUAAGCGAUUAACACUGGUCAGGGCACUGAAAGGGGCUGGCAUCUGUUAAUUUAAUUGAUUUCGAAUCUCAUCAUGGUAAAUGUCUCUCUCCUGCUUUUUGUCUGUAUUAAUUAAAUAAUGUAAUUGUAAAAAAAAAAAAACUAUACAUGAUGUCACCUACCACCUUACUUUGUGUAACAAGUGGUUGUUUUCCUUCCUUUGCAGAUGUACCCAGGAGGCACCACCCUGCAAUCUGCACUGGGGGGCUAUGUCCUCCCUGAGUCUCAUUACCUGACCUGUGGGCCAGUGGGGGACUCCAUGGCUGGGAAAAUCUCAGAGCGUCUUGGCAGCCCUGGGAAUGAACUGGCCGGCCCACCGCAUCCACCUCAGCAGGGAUUCAUGGAGAGGGACCCAUAUGGACUGGAGGUCCUGGGCAGCGACCCUACUUCAGCAUACCGGCGGAACAUGAACCACGCCAAGCCCCCUUAUUCCUACAUUUCACUCAUCUGCAUGGCUCUCCAGCAAUCACCGACUAAAAAGCUGACCUUGAACGACAUUUAUGAUUGGAUCCGGCAGCUCUUCCCUUUUUACAGACAGAACCAGCAACGCUGGCAGAAUUCAAUUCGCCAUUCGUUGUCCUUCAACGACUGCUUUAUUCGCGUGCCCCGCUCGCCAGACUCUCCCGGGAAGGGCUCCUACUGGACACUCCACCCCGACUCAGGAAAUAUGUUUGAGAACGGCUGCUACAUGCGCCGCCAGAAACGCUUCCGGUGCGCGACGCCGCAGUCACCCUCCAAAACCAAAAGCGAGGCUGAAGGGAAGCCAAGGAAGGGAGAAGAGAAGAAGCGGAAGGCGACGGAGGUUAAAACCCCGGCCUCUGCCUCUGAUUCUGCCUCCAUGUCAUCUACCUCAUCUCCCUCAACUACCUCCACAUUUGCCCUCACUCCACCUGUUGCCACACCCUGUGCCCUCCGCCCCAAAUCCCCUUCACCCCCUCCACCCCUCCAGCGCCUCUCCUUCCCUCCUCCGUCCCACGAGCAUCCUGCCCACCUGUCCCCUCUGUCCGUCCCCUCGCUCAACCCCAUCACGACCACUGCCAUUCAGACUCCCCAGUCUCUACCUCCCCCAUCCUUCUCCAUGGACCCAUGCAUGCGCAGCGAGCCCCUCAGCCACUACCCUUUCUCCAUCUCUCAGCUCAUGGACUUCCAGCCGUACGACUCCUCUGUUGGAUACCAGAGCUACUACUCCGCAAACUCAAACUCUCAUCACUACAACACCUACCUGAUGAGCAGAGAGGAGUCACCCUACAUGGGAGAGUCUGUGUACUACCCCUCUGGACUUGGCAUGUGUUCAGUACCAUUACUGAGCUCCUCAUGAAGAGACAAAGCCGUAAAGGACUAGGAGAUUUACAUAGGAAUA